UCUUUUUAUCUUCUGUCCUAGGCAUGAAUUGCAUGUUAUUGUGGAUGAGAUCUACAUGCUGUCAGUUUUUGAUGAUUCUGCCACAUUUCACAGUGUGCUAGAAAUGGAGAGAUUACCCGAUCCACAGAGAACCCAUGUCAUGUGGGGAACUACUAAGGAUUUUGCUAUCUCUGGCAUUCGGUUUGGAACCUUGUACACACUAAAUCAAGAUGUCAUCAGUGCUGUUGCUUCCUUGUGUUACUUCCAUGGAAUCUGUGGACCUAUGCAAUACAAACUUGCACAGUUGCUCAGAGACAGAGACUGGAUCAACCAGGUGUUCUUACGGACCAAUCAUGACAGGCUGAAAGCUGCCCAUACUUUUGUGACAGAUGAGCUGAAGACCCUUGGGGUUCCCUUCCUCAAUCGCAAUGCUGGCCUCUUUGUGUGGAUUGACUUCCGAAAGGUUAGUAGUCAUUAGAGGAGACUGGAUCCUCUGGAUCAAACCCAAGGGUCCAUCUGGCCCAGUAUUCUUUUUAACAAGGGGAAGACAGAUUGUUUUUGUAAGGAAGAUAAACACCCAAUAAGACUCAUCUGUUGUUUGCAUACAAAAUCUGUUAUUCAGAUCCAUAACAAUUUUGGCUGGGGGAGUCUGGAAAUUGUUAAUUUCAAUAAUACCUUUUCCAUGCUCUAAGUCAUGGGUAUACUGCAUCAGAACAUGAAGUUUCCACUUUGCUAUUAUAACAAUUAGGCAAUUAUAGAUCUAUGCUCUGGUAAGCUAUUCUGAGGAAGAGGAGUGACAGGUUAGCGCCCCCCCCUUUUUUUUUCUUUCUUUUAUUAUCUUCUAUACAAGGAAAGCAAGUUCAGGAAGACUGCUCUGUAUUGAUACUCUCUGUAAAAUAUUGAACACUGACCUUUCAGGGUUUGAAAUUGGAUGGAGAGCUUCCACAGAUAGCAGAGGCUCCCAAAUGACAAAGCAUCAUGUGACACCAAUAAGAUUAAUAGUUUUAGUAUGACAUGAGGUUUCAUGGAUGUAUACAGUUUACUUGGUUAUGGGUGAAAUGAAGACCAUGAAUAGUGACCAUUAUAUUAUGAACAAUGGUCAAAGCAAAACACAGACAUCCUGGCAACAGGUAUAACAGUGAGCAUAUGUGAUGGAAUAAGUAUCUAUUAUCUGAUAUGAACAUCCAUUCCAAUCACUAAUCUUUCUUCAAAAUCCCUUCACACUGUAAAGCAAUGAAGAGAUGAGUUUACAGGUGAGAAUCUGUGUUGUUCUGUGCUGCUGAAAUCACUAAAAGUCCUGUUGCAUCUUGAGUGCUUAGUAACAUUGGCCCUAC